AUGGCCAGCGGCGAGCCCUUCCCCGCCGCCGGUGACGUCGCCACCGCCGCCGCCUCAUACUCCUCAAGUCCAACCCCAACGCGCUUACGGGAAGCACUCGCCGCCCUCUCGGAGGCGUUCGACUCCGGCGAUACUGUCUGCUCCGACGCAGCCGUUGCCGCCGUUUCAGGAGUUCUCAGCCCUCACGAUGCCGAUGCGGAUGCCCUUGUCUCCGAGCAGAUGCUCCGUGAGGUUCACGCGUUCCUCUCGUGCCCGUCCUCUAAUCAGAUGGCCAUUGACGCGCUGUCUCUAGAGCUUCCAAAAUCUGUCGCGGAGCUGGGUGCUCGGAUGGGGAACUGCAGGGACAUCGCCAAGACAAUCCUUGACUUCUUUGCGUUAAAUUGCAACCCAAGGGACAUGCUCUCCAUCCUCUGUGAGGCGCUAGAUACACCCGUGACAUUAGAUGGAUCAGCAUACCUUGCUAUUCUACUCGAUGGGCUUGCGAGAGUGCUUACGUUGAUUCAGAGGAGACAUAUUGAGCAAGUAAAGGUUGUACUUCCUGCUGUCCUUCGAGUCAUACGUACUGCUAUAUCAGAACCUGAUGUGGAGCAUGGCAUGACUGCUGUUGAUCUGUUCAAUUCAGCCCUCGGAAUCGGCAGUGCCAUUCAAGAAAUGUGCAAAACAAUGGUCAACCACAGGAAAGAAGAGCUGUGUUCUAUACUUGGUCUAUACGCGCUUCAGAACAUAGCUCUUGUAUCAGAAAGCACACAUGAGAAUAUUCUGCAUACUUGUGGUUCAGUUGUUCUUCAGUAUUCCAAAUUUCUUACGUUUUGUGGGUUCACCUAUUUGGGUCUUUUAACUGGUAAUGAUGUGGCCUCAGCCACCAAUAAGCUUUCGAAAGAAGAGGAUGACGAUUUUCUGGACUGCUUUUCUUUUGCUGUGGAUGGUGCAAGCCUUGUAGUUAUGUGGAUCUCUGUACAUGAUGACAUGUCAAAAUAUGCUGGAGCGGAAUUGGAAUCAGCACUGAAGCAAGUUCAGGAUGAUUAUAUUAUGAAAUGGAAAUCGAUUACCACGUUUAGAUAUGUCUUGUCUUCAGUUAAUUACCCAUGGGUAAUCAAAUCUCACAGUAUAGACUUAUUGUUGACUCUAGUUGAUGAUAACUGUAGCGAGGAAACCAACAGUCAUGUAGAUUUCCCAUAUUCAACUCAAUUUUUUGCCACACUCAAGGCCAUUGAAAGAGUCAUGAUAACUGCCCCAGAUGCAUUGAUGCGAAAGAAAGCUUUUGCUGCUCUGAAAAGGGUUAUUUCAGUGGUGCCGUCCGCUCAGAGAUUUGAUAUCUUGCAGGCCCUCAUUACGAGUAGUAUGUUCCCUUCCCUGACUGCAAUUCUCUUAGAUCUGGUGAAGAACGAAGUUUUGAGAGAGAGUCGUCAAACUGAUCGAUCACAAGAUGCUGGGGUAUCACCUCCUUGGGCUUCUCAUGCGCUUGAGUUAGUUGAGCUGAUCUUGAGGCCUCCAGAAGGUGGUUCUCCUUGUCUUCGUGAUCACAGUGAACAGGUAUUAUCUGCUCUGAACUUGCUCAGAUUGAUUCUUAUACUGGAUUCAAGAGGAUCCAGAGCAGCGAAAUUGUUCCAGGAUGAGACAAUACGAAAGGUGUACACGGAGUGGCUGAUCCCACUAAGACCAACCGUAGCUGGGAUUCUGUCCGAACUCGAGAAAGAUGGCAGCAAGGAUGCGAAUCAGAUUAUGUGCUUGUUAAACCCUGUUCAACUUGUACUUCAGCGUUGCACUGAGUUGGUGGAGGAAAAGAUGAAAGGUUAAAGUGUGUACAAUACGUAACGCAGUGUUGUCCUGGCCAGGAAAUAUGAAAUGUUAAUGUGUUCAGCAGUUUUCUGUACUGAACACAAUUUGCCUCCA